GACCUGGACCCGGACCUGGACCAUGCCUGUCCCCCGCCGCAGAGCGUCUCUCCUCGGCCACGGCUCCGCGGAGCGCCCGGUGUCUGCGGGCACGUGCGCGGGGCGCGUUACCGUGUCCUCGCACCUGGGAUCCGGCACGGGCACGCGCGUGACCCGGCGCGCGCUCGGCAUCAGCAGCGUGUUUCUGCAGGGCACGCGCAGCAGCGCCGCGCCCGUGAUCCCCAAGACAGGUCUCAGGUCAGGACUGGGCUGGUCUCUGGUGGACUACAGGGACAAAGUCCAGGCUUUGGAGCGUCUGAACUCGGAGUUGGAGCAGCAGAUCCGCGCUGUGCUCCAGCAGAGGGCCCACAGCGCCACCUCCUGGGAGCCGCUCAGGGCACAGUGGGAGAACGUAUACCGGCAGGUGAGUGAGGAGAUCUUGUCUAACGCGAGGCUCAUGUUGGAGACGGAGAAUGUGCAGAACAAGGCCGACGACUUCAAAGACAGGUUUGAUUCUGAGCGUCCCUGGAGGCAGGAGUUGGAGGAGGAGAUCAGUGCAUUGCUCAAAGUGUCGGAAGAGGCGUCUCAGACUCGGGAAGAUCUGCAGCGUCGCUCUGAUGACCUGUGGGCGGAGCUACAGCAGCUGCAACUCAGCCACCAGCAGGAUGUGCGCCGCCUCUACACCCACGAGCUGGACCAACCAGACUGCACCCAGACCGGACUAGACCAGGUCUUAGACCACAUCCGAGCCCACUGGGAGAGAGUCUGUGAAGAGAGCCGAGUCCAAAGCGACGCCGAGACCAAGGUCUUCAGUGUGGCCCUGAGUCCAGACCAGGAGCAGGUCGAGGAGCUCAAGACCGAAGUCCAAGAAGCUGCGUCUAAACUCCAGAGUCUGCAGGCCCAGACUGAGUCCCUCCGAGCCCUGAAGCGUGGUCUGGAGGCGUCGCUCGGUGAUGCUCGGCACUGGCAAGAGGUGGAGCUACAGAACCUGGGUUCAGUGGUCUCUGGUCUGGACUCAGAGCUGAACCAGGUCCGUGCUGAGGCCGAGUCCCAGCGCAGAGACCUGGAUACUCUGCUCAGCAACAAGCAGAGACUGGAGCAGGAGGUGCUCCUGUACCACAGCCUCCUGAAGGGGGAGGAAACUCGCUACCAAGGACUGGACCAGGGACUGGACCAGGAACUGGACCAGGACUCAGGGACCAGAGGGACCCAGGAGAUCCCAGAGGAGCAAUGCAGAGUUCACACUGAGCCCGGAGCACCAGCACCCCCUGCUGACCCCAAACCACACAUAAACAAAUGACCAGGACCACGUUUCCCAUGAGCCUCUGCUGCAGUCGCCGUGGAGACGAGGCUUGUGCUGUGAUUCUUCUGAGUUUUACGGUUGAGCUGAUGUUUAAGA